CCCGUUCGCCCGAUUCCUGGCAGCACAUGCACGAACGCUCCAUUUGCCAGAUUUUGCUGCCACUCACCUGGAAAACAAAACAAUCUAAGCUGGCUGGGUAAACAGUGUGCAAAACACAAGGGGUUCAGCAAGCAGUUAAGGUCCGCAUGGUUGAUUAUGGUGGGUGCGUCGCUGCCGCCGCAGAAGGACGUCAACGAGCUUGACCUGGGCCAGCUGCAACUCUACAAGCAGGAGCUUAUUGCUGCCGACGAAAAGUUGCGUCUAUUGCUGGGCAACAAUAUAUCCACAAGCGGAGAUUACAAUCAAGAGGAGAUUCACGCAUUGCAUCGUUACAAUGAAAUGAAAGACUUUGCACAGGCAGUCAUUGGUUAUUUGGCGAACGUCGAGGGUGCCACCAGUCUCGAAUUGCACCAAAGAUUUAAUUUACCAAUAGAUUAGGUUCUUAUUUAUGCUAGAAAAAUUCGAUCACCAUGUCCGACACAUCGGAAGAGUCGUCGCCACAGGAUGGCAGCCACGGCUGCGAUAGCGUGUGCAGAGAUUUCCUCCGCGGCAUGUGUGAACGCCAGUUCUGCAAGUAUAAGCAUGAGUACGAGUCGCGCUCGCUCAGCUUUUGCCACGACUUUCAGAAUUCCUCGUGUCCACGGCAGGCUUGCAAAUUUAUUCAUUGCACACCAGACGAAGUGGACGAUUAUAAACGAACGGGUGCAAUGUCCAUCCAGGUGUUGACAGAAGCCACCCGCAAAAACCAAUUGCCGGGAAUUCAUCCGAUCUGUAAUUCAUUCCGUAAGGGUACCUGCCGUCGUACACACUGCAAGUAUCGACACAUUAGCAAAGAGGAGGAAGAUGCCGAGAUAAUGCGACUUAUUAAAAAUAACAACCGAAACCAUGUUGUCCCGAGCACACCCUUGGUGAUGGAUGCACAACCGACACAGAUUUAUGAAAGCGCGACGAUCCUUGGUCGACCAGUGCAGUCCUUGGAGGAAUUAGAUGAGUAUGGCCCCACAGCAGCCAAACGACGCUAUAUUUCCAACGGCUUGGACUCGCCUGAACUACAUGGACUGCAUUGCAAUCGAGGAUUUAAAGGGUACUUCCCGGGAAACCCACCACAAGUAUUAAGCAGGCUUGAUCCGAGAAUGCUCAUGUUGGAAGAGGAGAAUAGUAUAUUGCACAAGGAGAUUGCGCAACUGAAGAAACAGGUUUCAGACUUGACCGCUACGAAUGAAUUCCUGCUCGAUCAAAACGCGACUCUUAGAGUCUCAGGUAAACGCAACGGGUCGGUAUCGAUGCCGCCCGUCACCCUUACGAAUACUUUGUCACAGAAUAGCCAAGGGCAGGUUUUGCGCACGGUUGCCGCAAGCGUUGCUACCGUGCCUGUUUCCUUGGCCACAGUGACUACGUGCAAUCCUGUUUCUGUGGGUUGCCCCCAAGUCAGUAUUGCACCCGCGGCCCAAAUUUUGGCCCCUAGUCAACAAAUUUUAGUUACAACUAAUCAGUCAACACAACUCGCUCUUGCGAACAGUUCUCAAGCGCAGUUGGCGAUUGCCCAGCAAAACCUCGCCAACAAUCUUGCGGCGCAGCAGGCACAACCCCAACUAACGUCCCAAGCGCAGCAGCUUGCCUUAGCGACCACUACGCAGCAGCUCACCUCUCAGGCGCAACAACUUGCCAAUCAACAGUUGGCACUCGCCUCCAUGCCACAACAAACCCCUCAGGCCACCAUCGGCAGCAGUCAGCAGAUUGCCCAAGCGCAGCAAGCCGCGCAGCAGCUCGGUCAACAACUCUCAAAUCAAGCUCAGCAGCUUAACCAGCAGUUGACUUCGCAAGCUCAGCAAUUGGCCCUCGCCGCGAAUAAUACCCAACAACAACUCACAUCUCAGGCGCAGCAACUCGCCUUGGCAAGCACUGCGCUCAACACCACUCAGCAGCUUACAUCUCAGGCUCAGCAAUUAGCGCUGGCCAAUACACCACAACAGUUGGCGGUUGCGGCAAACGUCAGCCAACAGUUGGCAUUGGCCAGUACCAGCCAGCAAUUGCUGGCCCAACAGAAUCUAACGCCGAGCCAGCAGAUUGAACUGCAUGUUGGUGCUCGAGGCACGCAGAUCAACGGCAUUAACACUUCGCAAACGCUCGCAAUGUCAAACGCCACCGCACCGAUGGUGUCAUUCCCGAUCAUGACACACACUUUGCCGCAUUGAGCGCGCGCAUAUCCAUCUGGAUGUGGUGUUUAUGUUAGUGAAUUCACAAGUAGGACUUUCGGUGCAUGAAAUCUAUUCGCGAAUGCUAAGCAAAAAAAUUAACUUGUGAUAAUUAUUUAUAUCUUAAAUAGUUGCCAGUUUCGGACGCGUGACAGACUUUAGUGAUUAACGCGGUUAACUUAAUUAUAGCGUUUGGCGAUGUUUCGUCAAGAGUUUGUAAAACCCCGCCUGUUUUGCAAACGUAGAUAAUUUUCAGUAUUUGAGAUUCUAUCUUAGGAGCUUUGCGUUAAUGAUCAACCCAGAUUGCAUUUCAUAUUUCAUUAGUACAAAUUGCGGUUUGUAAACAGUGAAAUGCAACUUAGUAUGUGAACGCUCGGACUUUUAAAGCGAAAUUGAUGCGUAUUUUCGAACGCUCGUCUUUGGCAACGAUGCUUGCUCUAUAGUUUAGUAAAUAGAAUACUAUGUGAUUUUGCGUAUUGAGUAAUUGAACCUAUUUUUGAUAAUAUCGGACAUUUAUGCGAAAAAAAUUUAAACAAAUUGAUUCACGGGCGUUUAUUGCACUAGGCAAUAUUAUAAAAUCAUAGUGCAGUUGUAGAUACACGUGUGUACAUAGCAACUUCUCAAGUUCAACGACUGCAUUUAUGAUUUAAUUUUAUAAAUAACUAAUAAUAUGGAUUCAUUAGCAAACAGUAAGUUUCGUUCCUUCGAAUAUAUCGUUAAUUUAAUGGAA